AUGUCAUCAAUCAAGAACGUCGCAGUUCUUGGAGCCACCGGAAAUGUCGGCAAAACUGCAGUUCCAGCUUUGCUUUAUGCUGGCUUCGUCGUGACAAUCAUUGCAAGACCAGAGAGCACCGCUACCUAUCCCGAAGGAGUCACCGUCAAGAAGGCCUCUUACGAUGACUUUGAGACACUUACCAAGGUUCUUAAGGGCCAAGAUGCUCUUGUCGAAGCAUUCAAUCCCGCAGCAGCCGAGCACCAAAGCAUUAUCGUGCGAGCCGCCCUGGCUGCUGGGGUGCAACGUCUGAUUACUCCUGAGUUCAGUACUGAUUCUUUCUCAGCUCACGCUGAUGAAGUCGGGAUCUUUGAACCUAAGCGGAAGGCUCAAAAGGAGCUUGAAGAGCUCACAUCGGCGCCUGGUUGCAAGCUCUCCUGGACGGCCAUCAUUCCUGGAGGGUGGUUUGACUGGGGUAUUGAGGGUGGAUUCUUUUGGAUCGACAAGAAGCAGCGGACCAUCACUCGCUUCGGAUCUGGCAACCAAAAAGUGUCCAUCAGUCGCUUGCAACUUUGCGCCGAGACCAUUGUAACUGUUCUUCAAAACACAGACAAGUAUCGCAAUCGUGUCGCCUACGUUGCAGAUUAUGCCGUCAGCACAAACGAAUUCAUCGACAUUAUUAAUGAAAUCUCAUCUGGCGAAGAAUGGAAGGUGAUCGAUGUCGAUAUUGAAGCGUUUAAAAAAGAAGGGUUUGCACUCUGGGAUGAAGACACUAAGAAGGGUGUGAAGACUCGGCUGUUCACUAAAGCAUACACCAUGCUGGGGACUGUUGCUCUGUUUGAUGAAGAGAAUCGCUACGACGCGGACUACUCGUACAAGCAAGAGCCCGGAACUGGCCGACCGAUUGAGAGCCUCAAGGAAGAGCUGCAGAAGCUGCUGGGUUACAAUUGA